CCGCCCGCCGCAGCCGCCGCCGUCCGUGCCCGGGGCCGCCGCCGCGCGCGGCCUCCUGCCGGUGAGCUGUGACACACCAGACCUCGAGUUUUAAUGGUUUUAUGUAGUAUUUUUUAAAAGACUGAUGGAUGGAUGAAUGAAGAAGGAUUUUAACGAAGGAAGGGGAAGGGAAAAAUGGAGCUGUUUGGAACAAACUGAGGUUUCUCCCCGCACUGCCCGGGCCAUGGGUGAGACAGAGCUGCUCAGCACCCCUUCCACCCUUUGGUGUCUGCUGGGGUUGUAAAGGCGCUCCCUGAACACCCCCUUCCCGUUCACCUGCUGGGAAAUGGUUGCUGCAGAGAAGAUUUAAUGAAAUUCCUGUCGCUCCCCAACCGCCAAGUGGAUUCUGAGCCCAUGGAAGGGCCUGGGGGGUCAGGAGAAAGGAGCAAGUAGGAAAACCCACAAGCCACCAGACCUUCCCCUCCGCCCCCCUCGAAAAAAAGGAUUUACAGCUCAACCCUGCACCAGCUGUUCCUCGGCUUUAACAGACAAGAGAGAAAUAAAUAAAAUUAAACGGCCACCGCCAGCCAGCCAGCCCCAGAUCCCGGUGAAAUCAGGGAGAGUGUUUCCGUGACCCCUCCAGCGAGGGGAGGAGGAGGAGGCACGGCAGCUCCGUGAGGAAGCUGGGAUUGCUUGGAGACCACCCCCUCCUUCCGUGCAGCACCGGGGGCUGCGCACAGCCGAGGCGGAUUAAAAAGGAGAAGUGGCUGCCCUGAGGCUCCCGGAGUGGCUUUUUUGCAAGCACUUUGCUGAUCCUGUGCUCUUCUCGGGGCGCUGGCUGGGUGGGAAGCAGCCUGCCCCAGCCUGGGGAAUUCCCUCCCUGCUGAGCCUGCCUGUGGGCUGCUGCCUGGACUGAGGCUUGCAAGGGCUCUCGGCAUUCCCACUCCAACGGUUGUCCUAAACCCAAAUCCCCUUCUCUGUUGUGAAUUUUUAAUGUUUUUAACCCUCCUUCCCCGUGCCCGGGAGCUCUCACGGGGCAGAGCUUAGAGUGGGCUCCUCUCCUGGGCCUCCUGCUCCUGACCCUUCUCCGGACUGCGCGCCCCGGUCGGAGCUCGCCCCGGGAGCAGGCGUGGGGGCAGGGUAGGGGUCAGCCCCUGUCCCCCUCCCCUUCUCAUCCUGCUCUGAGUCCCCUGGGGCCUGGGCUAUGCUGCGGGGCGGACCCCCCACCACAGCUCCAACAUGCCAGCAGCCUCUGGAAAGAGAUUCAAACCCAGCAAGUACGUGCCGGUCUCUGCUGCUGCCAUCUUCCUAGUGGGAGCCACCACCCUCUUCUUCGCCUUCACGUGCCCAGGGCUCAGUAUCUACGUGUCCCCCAUCAUCCCCGCCUACAAUGCCGUCGUCUUCCUCUUCGUGCUGGCCAACUUCAGCAUGGCCACCUUCAUGGACCCAGGCAUAUUCCCACGAGCUGAGGAGGACGAGGACAAAGAGGACGAUUUCCGGGCGCCGCUGUACAAGACGGUGGAGAUCAAGGGCAUCCAGGUGCGCAUGAAGUGGUGCGCGACCUGCCGCUUCUACCGCCCGCCGCGCUGCUCCCACUGCAGCGUCUGCGACAACUGCGUGGAGGAGUUCGACCACCACUGCCCCUGGGUCAACAACUGCAUCGGGCGGCGCAACUACCGCUACUUCUUCCUGUUCCUGCUGUCGCUCACCACGCACAUCAUGGGCGUCUUCGGCUUCGGGCUGCUCUACGUCCUGUACCAGGUGGAGGAGCUCUCCGGCGUCCGCAUGGCCGUCACCAUGGUGGUGAUGUGCGUGGCUGGGCUCUUCUUCAUUCCCGUCGCUGGCCUGACAGGCUUCCACGUGGUGCUCGUGGCCAGGGGCCGCACUACCAAUGAACAGGUGACGGGCAAGUUCCGCGGGGGCGUCAACCCCUUCACCAACGGUUGCUGUAAGAACGUCAGCCGGGUCCUCUGCAGCUCCCCAGCGCCCAGGUACCUCGGGCGCCCGAAGGCCGAGCAGACGGUGCUGGUGAGACCCCCGUUCCUGCGGCCCGAGGUGUCGGACGGUCAGAUCACUGUCAAGAUCAUGGACAAUGGUAUCCAGACAGAGCUGAAAAGGACGAAGGUGAGGAAGGUGGGGACCAGCGCUGUCUGCGCUGGGGCCCUCCACGGAUCCCAGGGGUGCAAGCCUGCAUCCGUGAGUAGAGAACCGAGAGAGCCUGGUCACGUUCCCUGUCCUAGUCCGUGUCGUCUUGUUCUAUGUCCCCAUGGGUUGGAAACUGUCCCCCUCCCAUGUGGCAGUGACCACAUGAGGCCUAGCCCCCUCCAUUGCCCUUACUGCUCCCAUCCUUCCCCACCCUCUGGAGGUUCCUUCUCCUUGGCACUUCCAGCACCCACCCGGGGCAUGCGCUGCCCCCUGUUCUGUCAGAUGCCCGGGAGGCAGCGGAAGCCCCCAGCGCCGCUGUCCAUGCCCUGCCAGCCCGGGGGGGCCGAGGCCCUGGCCCCUCCUGACCCUGCCUGCGCUUUGUCUCUGCAGUCCAAGGGGAGCCUGGAGGUGACGGAGAGCCAGUCUGCUGACGCCGAGCCGCCACCCCCACCUAAGCCCGACCUCAGCCGCUACACGGGCCUGAGGACACACUUAACCCUGGCCACCACUGAGGACAGCAGCUUGCUAGGCAAGGACAGCCCCCCGACUCCCACCAUGUACAAGUACCGGCCCGGUUACAGCAGCAGCAGCAGCUCGGCAGCCCUGCCCCACUCCACCAGUGCCAAGCUGAGCCGAGUGAACAGCCUGAAGGAGCCCAACUCCAUCUGUGACAGCGGCCACAAGCCCAGCUACCGCUCGGAGCCGAGCCUGGAACCCGAGAGCUUCCGCUCUCCCACCUUUGGCAAGAGCUUCCACUUUGACCCUCUCUCCAGUGGCUCCCGCUCCUCCAGCCUCAAGUCGGCCCAGGGCACGGGCUUUGAGACGGGCCACCUGCAGUCCAUCCGCUCGGAGGGCACCACCUCCACCUCCUACAAGAGCCUGGUGAACCAGACGCGCAACGGCAGCCUCUCGUACGACAGCCUGCUCACGCCCUCCGACAGCCCCGACUUCGAGUCGGUGCAGGCGGGCCCGGAGCCCGAGCCGCCCGUGGGCUACACCUCGCCCUUCCUGUCGGCGCGCAUCGCCCAGCAGCGAGAGACCGACCUGCACGGCCGCUUCGCCAGCGCCGCCUCCCCCAAGCACGCGGUGCCCCGCGAGCCGUCGCCCGUGCGCUAUGACAAUCUCUCCCGCCACAUCGUGGCCUCCAUCCAGGAGCGGGAGAAGCUGCUGCAGCAGCCGCCGGCCCCGGGCCGGGAGGAGGCCGCGGGGCUGGCGGACUCGGGCAUCCAGUCGACGCCGGGCUCCAGCAACGCCCCCCGCACCAGCUCCUCCUCGGACGAUUCGAAGCGCUCGCCCCUGGGCAAGAACCCGCUCACCCGCCCGGCCCUGCCCCGCUUCGGCAAGCCCGAGCCCCCCCCGGCGCUGCGGGUGCGCUCGCUGGGCUCCCCCGAGCAGCCCGCCGCCCCCCACCUGGGCAAAUCCGUGUCUUACAGCAGCCAAAAAACAGCGUCGCAGGCCGGCGGCCCCGAGACCGAGGAGGUGGCCUUGCAGCCCUUACUGGCACCAAAGGACGAGGUGCAGAUGAGAACAGCCUACAGCAAGUCCAACGGGCAGCCCAAGAGCCUGGGCUCGGCCCCACCGGGCUCGGGGCCGGUGCCCCUCAGCAGCCCCACCCGCGGCGGUGUCAAGAAGGUCUCGGGCGUGGGGGGCACCACCUACGAGAUCUCGGUAUGA